UUUUUUUUUUUUUUUUUUUUUUUUUUUUGUUUUUUUUUAUAAGAAGUUAAUACAGCACAAAACAGUACAGUGGCACCUAAUUUUAGGUGCCAACUAUGUAAUACCGUAAUCCAUUCUAUGUACAACCUCUAGUUUUAUGUUAUAAGAAGGAAGUAAGCAGAACAAGAAAAAGAAAACAAUAGAAAGGGGAAAAAGUGGAAAAAUAGAUGGUAGAGAGUAGAAGAACGUGAAGUGUGUAUAUAAAAAAUAAAAAAAGGAAGAGAGAAAGUGGAAAGUAGAAAUAGAAGAGAAGGCCCCUUAAAAGAGAAUUUUUCAAAUCUGUAUUCGGAGAUGUAGCUCUAUCCGCGUCAUGAACUGAAAUCAGCAAUCCUUACGGCACCGCUGCAUCACAUGAUUCCAAAAAGUCGAUGAAAGGAGACCAACUCUUUAAGAAUUGGUCAUAUUUAUCUAUUAGUCGGAGUCUCAUUUCUUCAAGGCGUGCUAUGUCCCAGAGACCCAGAUCUGAGAGCUUGGUAACCAGCUUAGAGGGGACGAUUGUAUUAAAUGGUCGAGCUGUAAUCAAUGAAUAACAGCCUGACAUAUGAGUUUUUGUUGUCCAAGUGGUCCAGAGUCGAGUGGAGAGCCAGUGAGAUUACAUCCACUGUUGAUCUGUUGUGGCGGUAAGCGAAUUGCAGUGGGUUGAGGUUCUUGUCGAGGUAGCAGGAGCUCAAGAUUUGGAAUCUCUGGAUUACUCCCAACGCCAUGUGCUGCUCAGGAUAGGAAUAGGAAGAUGGGGCACAUUGUUGCAGGGGAGAGGGAUCCAGGCUUAAAAUUUAGAGAUACAACGUGGAAACAGGCCAUUCGAGGUCCAAAGUCGCGCCGGCCAGCAAUCCCUAGCAACAUGAUACACACUGGGGACAAUUUCCUAUUUUUACCAAAGCCAAUCAACUUACAAAACUGUACAUCUUUAGAAUGUGGGAGGAAACUGGAGCCACUGGAGAGAACCCCGCAGUCACGGGGAGAAGGUACAAACUCUGUACAGACAGCACCAGUGGUUAGGAUGAGAGUUGAAAGUUGAACAAAUAUAGAGGUUAACAACAGCAAGUUAAUUAGUGAGACAGACAGGAUAAGGACAGGGAGAGAGGAAAGUCUGUUACUCUGAACUGCAUUUAUUUUAAUGCAAAAGGUGUGACAGGUAAGGCAGAUGAACUUGGGGCAGAAUAGGUAAUACAUAAUAUAGCUAUAGCAAUGUUGAGGCUUACAUUAUUGAUGAGAGAAUAACACAUUUGAUGCACACGUCGACCUUCAAUCACCCGUUUACUUAGUGGAGAAGGUGGAGCACCUUCAUAUAACGAUCGAUGGUUAUAACCAUCAAGAAGAAGAUGUUGCCAGUCCGAUUUAAGGAAAUCCAGGAUUGACACAAAUAAGCUGGAGUAACUCAGCGGAUCAGGCAGCAUCUCUGGAGAAAAGGAAUCCGUGACAUUUCAGGUCUAGACGCUUCUUCUCGAUCCGAAACGUCACCUAUUUCUUUUCUCCAGAGAUGCUGCCUGACUCACUGUGUUACUCCAGCUUUUUGUGUCAAUCUUCGGUUUAAACCAGCAGUUCCUUCCAACACAUUAAGGAAAUCAGGAAUAGGUUUAUGCGGCAAGGAACAUCACCAUAAAUCAAAUUUUCUCGUGAACAAAAGAACCAAUUCUAAAGGGUAGGCAGGUGAUUAGAAGCUUGUCGGCGUUUGCCAGAUUCAGUGAGUACACAAUCUCCAUUGUGUUACAGUCACACAGUCAGAGUGCUUCAGGAGCUAGCUAAUGAAAAGAAGAACAACCUUAUCUGCUCAACGCAUCACACUGCAGGGUGGAGUGAAACGAAGCACCAAUCAGUUGUGUUGUAAACACAUUGACAAUAUCCUGGACACCAAUAAGUUGGUAUUUAGAAAUAAUUAGUCAGUAUUGCAGAAUUUGCAGUACACCAUGAUGGUUUUAGCAUCAGAACAGAGAACAGUACAGCACAGGAACAAACUAACAUGCCGAACUUAAUGACUAGAUGAACCAUAAUCCAUAUCACUCCCUUCGCAGCAUAUCUAUGUGCCUGUCUAAAAGCCUCAUGUCUGCCUCCACCACCACCUCUGGCAGCGCAUUCCUGGCACCUAUCACCCACUGUGUAGAAAGUUUGCCCCAUACAUCUUGUUUCACAAUGUUACUGUAAUCACUUCCAUAUUCCUUAUGAAAUUCUCUAGCACCUUUUGUUAAAUUAAGCAUGCAAACUCCCAAUGACAAUGAAGGAUUAAGAUGAGGUUUAUUACCGUCACAUGUACUGAGAUACAAUGAAAAGCUCGAUUCUGCAUGCUCUCCAAACCGAUCAGAUAUGCCACACAUAGAUACAUUCAGUUUAAACUCACGGUCAAAAGACAAUGCAACGGAGAAGCUACACAGCGCAAGAUAUAGAAGUGUACAUGUAUUUGAGAUGGAGGUGAAUCUGUGACCAUACAGUAUAUAUUUGAUUCAGAGCUCAGUGAAGUUACUGUACGACACACGAUUUUUUGAAGAAGAAGAAUCCAAAAGAUUCAACUGAAGAAUGGUUUGGAAUAAAAUUCUCAUCCAGCUACAAGUGACUGACAUAAAUAACUGACAAUGGACAGGGAAGGAACCACACAAAGUGCUGGAGUAACUCAAAGGGACAGUCACCAUCUCGGGAUAACAUGGACAAGCAACUUUUUGGGUCAGGUGCUUUGGACCCAUCUUCAAAAGUUGUCACAAUCCACACUGUUGAAUUUGAAGAAGGGUCCCGACCUCAACGCCACCUAUCCAUUUUAUCCAGAGAUGCUGCCUGACUCGCUGAGUUACUCCAGCACUUUGUGAGUUUUGUUCAAGAUUAAAACAUCUGCAGUUCCUUAUGUUCACUGUGCAAGUAUUGUGCUUACAGAGAACACAUGAGAAGAGGAACUCUUGUGAUCGCAAUCUCUUUUAAGAUGAUAGAGACAAUUUGUUGCACCAUGUCUAGGCCAGGAAACUGCAAUUUAUUACACUUUAUAUCAGAAAUUAUUUACUCAAAUCAAAUGACCGCUUGACAAAAUAUUUAACAUUUGCACAAUUUCAGUUUUACACUCAUGCACAAACUUUGCCCUCACUACCUAAUAAAAUAAGCAUCUGGUUCAGUCAGCAUACGUGAUCAGAGCGGUCUACAUAUAGAUUGGGUGAAUCAAAUUGGCAGGGGUGCUGAGGAAGAGGAUUUCUUGGAAUGUAUGCGGGAUAGUUAUCUAAAUCAACAUGUAGAGGAACCAACGAGAGAGCAGGCUAUUUUAGACUGGGUAUUGAGUAAUGAGGAAGGGUUAGCAAUCUUGUUGUACGUGCCCCCUUGGGCAAGAGUGACCAUAAUACGGUUGAGUUCUUCAUUAGGAUGGAGAGUGACAUUGUUAAUUCAGAAACAAUGGUUCUGAACUUAAAGAAAGGUAACUUUGAGGGUAUGAGACGUGAAUUGGCCAAGAUUGACUGGCAAUUAAUUCUAAAAGGGUUGACGGUGGAUAUGCAAUGGAAGACAUUUAAAGACUGCAUGGAUGAACUACAAAAAUUGUUCAUCCCAGUUUGGCAAAAGAAUAAAUCAGGGAAGGUAGUACAUCCAUGGAUAACAAGGGAAAUCAGGGAUAGUAUCAAAGCGAAGGAUGAUGCAUACAAAUUAGCCAGAAAAAGCAGCAUACCGGAGGACUGGGAGAAAUUCAAAGACCAGCAGAGGAGGACAAAGGGCUUAAUUAGGAAAGGAAAAAUAGAUUAUGAAAGAAAACUGGCAGGGAACAUAAAAACUGACUGCAAAAGUUUUUAUAGAUAUGUGAAAAGAAAGAGAUUAGUUAAAACAAAUGUAGGUCCCUUGCAGUCAGAAACAGGGGAGUUGAUCAUGGGGAACAAGGAUAUGGCGGACCAAUUGAAUAACUACUUUGGUUCCGUCUUCACUAAGGAAGACAUAAAUAAUUUGCCGGAAAUAGCAGGGGACCACGGGUCAAAGGAGUUGGAGGAAUUGAGUGAAAUCCAGGUUAGCAGGGAAGUGGUGUUGGGUAUAUUGAAUGGAUUAUAGGCCGAUAAAUCCCCAGGGCCAGAUAGGCUGCAUCCCAGAGUACUUAAGGAAGUAGCUCCAGAAAUAGUGGAUGCAUUAGUAAUAAUCUUUCAAAACUCUUUAGAUUCUGGAGUAGUUCAUGAAGAUUGGCGGGUAGCAAAUGUAACCCCACUUUUUAAGAAGGAAGGGAGAGAGAAAAUGGGAAAUUACAGACCAGUUAGUCUAACAUCGAUAGUGGGAAAACUGCUAGAGUCAGUUAUUAAAGAUGGGAUAGCAGCACAUUUGGAAAGUGGUGAAAUCACUGGACAAAGUCAGCAUGGAUUUACGAAAGGUAAAUCAUGUCUGUCGAAUCUUAUAGAAUUUUUCGAGGAUGUAACUAGUAGCGUGGAUAGGGGAGAACCAGUGGAUGUGGUGUAUCUGGACUUCCAGAAGGCUUUCGACAAGGUCCCACAUAAGAAAUUAGUAUACAAACUUAAAGCACAAGGCAUUGGGGGUUCAGUAUUGAUGUGGAUAGAGAACUGGCUGGCAAACAGGAAGCAAAGAGUAGGAGUAAACGGGUCCUUUUCACAAUGGCAGGCAGUGACUAGUGGGGUACCCCAAGGCUCAGUACUGGGACCCCAGCUAUAUACAAUAUAUAUUAAUGAUCUGGAUGAGGGAAUUGAAGGCAAUAUCUCCAAGUUUGCGGAUGACACUAAGCUGGGGGGCAGUGUUAGCUGUGAGGAGGAUGCUAGGAGACUGCAGGGUGACUUGGAUAGGCUGGGUGAGUGAGCAAAUGUUUGGCAGAUGCAGUAUAAUGUGGAUAAAUGUGAGGUUAUCCAUUUUGGUGGCAAAAACAGGAAAGCAGACUAUUAUCUAAAUGGUGGCCGAUUGGGAAAGGGGGAGAUGCAGCGAGACCUGGGUGUCAUGGUACACCAGUCAUUGAAGGUAGGCAUGCAGGUUCAGCAGGCAGUAAAGAAAGCGAAUGGUAUGUUAGCUUUCAUUGCAAAAGGAUUUGAGUAUAGGAGCAGAGAGGUUCUACUGCAGUUGUACAGGGUAUUGGUGAGACCACACCUGGAGUAUUGCGUACAGUUUUGGUCUCCAAAUCUGAGGAAGGACAUUAUUGCCAUAGAGGGAGUGCAGAGACGGUUCACCAGACUGAUUCCUGGGAUGUCAGGACUGUCUUAUGAAGAAAGACUGGAUAGACUUGGUUUAUACUCUCUAGAAUUUAGAAGAUUGAGAGGGGAUCUUAUAGAAACUUACAAAAUUCUUAAGGGGUUGGACAGGCUAGAUGCAGGAAGAUUGUUCCCGAUGUUAGGGAAGUCCAGGACAAGGGGUCACAGCUUAAGGAUAAAGGGGAAAUCCUUUAAAACCGAGAUGAGAAGAACUUUUUCACGCAGAGAGUGGUGAAUCUCUGGAACUCUCUGCCACAGAGGGUAGUUGAGGCCAGUUCAUUGGCUAUAUUUAAGAGGGACUGAGAUGUGGUCCUUGUGGCUAAGGGGAUCAGGGGGUAUGGAGAGAAGGCAGGUACGGGAUACUGAGUUGGAUGAUCAGCCAUGAUCAUAUUGAAUGGCGGUGCAGGCUCGAAGGGCCGAAUGGCCUACUCCUGCACCUAAUUUCUAUGUUUCUAUGUUUCAGGGAUCAUUUGUCGAGCUGCAGUCAGCCCAUCCAUCGAGCCCUCUUGUUCAGUUUCUUGACUUGUGACUGGUCUGCCAGACUUUAAUUUCAGACGAAGGAGAGCCUGUAAAGUACUAUUUGUUGGUGUAUUUUACUCCACCCACCAGCUGUGAUGAUGAAGUUGAAGUAAGUUCUGCUUUCAUCUCUGGAGCACAGUGAGUGCGUGUAAAGUCAUGAAGAACGCGAACCAGGCAUGUGCUGCAAGUGCAGAUGCCAACUUUGACUACAACCCACCAGUAAUUCUUAUCACAUUCAUCCUAGGAUUGGCUGGAAAUGUAACUGCCUUGUGGAUCUUCUGCUUUCACGUGAAAUCCCGGAGACCAAACGUUGUGUACUCGCUAAACCUGAUGAUCGCUGACACUCUGAUGAUAUGCUUCCUACCUUUUCGAGCCCAUUAUUUUAUCAACGGGAAGGACUGGAUCUUCGGUGAUGUGCCCUGUCGCCUAAACAUCUUCAUGAUCUCCCUAAACCGGGUUGGCAGCGUCAUCUUCCUGAUGGCCAUAGCCGUCGAUCGCUACUUUAAGGUGGUCCGCCCGUUUCACAAAGCCAACAAGAUAUCUCCAAGGUGUGCGGCGAUGUUAGCAGGAGCCCUGUGGGUCGUGGCAGUGGGGAUUUGUUUACACUUGUUGGUAGAGCCACACGACUUCCAUCCAAAUAACAUGACCAAGACCUACUGUGAAGCAUUCAACAUGGCCAACCCUCACGGGGCCACCGCAAUUUGGACGAACACUGUGUUUAUAUUAUUUAUGUUCAUUUUACCGGUCUCCGUUUUAGUUUUCUCCAGCUCCUGCAUCAUUUGGAAGUUAAGGCAGAUGGAGACUGAGAUGAGGCGUAAAUAUAAGCGCACCGUGAAGCUUGUGAUAGCUGUGGUCGUGGUCUUUGUUAUUUGUUUCUUGCCCACCAACAUUGCCGUGGUCGCCGUUAUAGUUACAAAGCAAAAACCCACAGACUGCAAGAAAUACAUCACCGCUGUUAAUAUCUUCUACAACACGUUGUUCGUGACAUACCUGGACAGUGUGAUCGACCCAGUGAUUUACUAUUUUUCAAAUUCAGCAUUCAAGGAUGCGUUGAAGAAAGCUCUCGUUCAUCUAAAUUUAAGGUCUUGCAAAUCAGCUACGAGUCAAGAUAAUGAACAAGGGGAAUCCCAAGGACAGACAUUGGAUCAACAAACGGCCUCUGAAACCCCCCUCUGAUCACUUGCAGGCAGCCCGGACUGAGUCAGAAGUCUAUCAUUGGGUAAUUAAAGCCCAGCGUGUAAAACCAUGACAUUGUACAAGUUUUUAAAUGUUGUCAAUGCUGAAGUCUAGCUUAAUGAGCAACUUCUGAAAUAUUUUUCUUUUUUUUUUUAAUCUUUUUAUUAGAAGCAAACAUGUUAUGGUAAAAUAUAGUUACAUAUUAUAGUAAAACCUUUUCAUGUACAUCAAUCAUACAUUAUUAAAAUUUUCAAUUGUGGAUUGAUUCUGCUUCUAGUUUUUUUUUAAUAUAGAUAGAAAGAGAGAAAAAAAAGAAUUACAAAUGUCAAAAAAGAAAAAAAAGUGGAAUGAAUUACUAAUAAUACGUCAUUGGAGAUAGGUUCGUAGAUUAUAAAGUAUAACUUUUCAUUUAAUCCUGAGUUCAAGCUUCAGUUAGGUUUCUUAUAAACUUAUAAACACAAGAUAACUUCGUGUAAUUUAAUUUUAGUUUAGUUUAUUGUCACGUGUACCGAGGUGUAGUGAAAAUAUUUUUAGUUGCGUGCUAUCCAGUCAGUGGAAAGACAGGGAGAGAGGAAAGUCUGUUACUCUGAACUGCAUUUAUUUUAAUGCAAAAGGUAUGACAGGUAAGGCAGAUGAACUUGGGGCAGAAUAGGUAAUACAUAAUAUAGCUAUAGCAAUGUUGAGGCUUACAUUAUUGAUGAGAGAAUAACACAUUUGAUGCACACGUCGACCUUCAAUCACCCGUUUACUUAGUGGAGAAGGUGGAGCACCUUCAUAUAACGAUCGAUGGUUAUAACCAUCAAGAAGAAGAUGUUGCCAGUCCGAUUUAAGGAAAUCCAGGAUUGACACAAAUAAGCUGGAGUAACUCAGCGGAACAGGCAGCAUCUCUGGAGAAAAGGAAUCCGUGACAUUUCAGGUCUAGACACUUCUUCUCGAUCCGAAACGUCACCUAUUUCUUUUCUCCAGAGAUGCUGCCUGACGCACUGUGUUACUCCAGCUUUUUGUGUCUAUCUUCGGUUUAAACCAGCAGUUCCUUCCAACACAUUAAGGAAAUCAGGAAUAGGUUUAUGCGGCAACGAACAUCACCACAAAUCAAAUUUUCUCAUGAACAAAAGAACCAAUUCUAAAGGGUAGGCAGGUGAUUAGAAGCUUGUCGGCGUUUGCCAGAUUCAGUGAGUACACGGUGUUUGAUUUCCAGCGUUAUACAUGAAAGAGGAAGAUCCACAGGGCCAUAGCAUUUCCAACAAAUCCCAGGACGAUGGUGACACAAAUGACAAGUGUGGUGUGGAACGAGAGGACGGUUUCAUCUCCAUUGUGUUAGUCACACAGUCAGAGUGCUUCAGGAGCUAGCUAAUGAAAAGAAGAACAACCUUAUCUGCUCAACGCAUCACACUGCAGGGUGGUGUGAAACGAAGCACCAAUCAUUUGUGUUGUAAACACAUUGACAAUAUCCUGGACAACAAUAAGUUGGUAUUUAGAAAUAAUUAGUCAGUAUUGCAGAAUUUGCAGUACACCAUGAUGGUUUUAGCAUCAGAACAGAGAAGAGUACAGCACAGGAACAAACUAACAUGCCGAACAUAAUGACUAGAUGAACCAUAAUCCAUA